UCUCAGUACAUGGUUAUAUAGAGUCAAAGGCCCGGAGCGCACCAACAGCUGCCGCAUGUUCCAACAUCUCUUUUUUUUCAUGAUUUUUUUUAUUUUAUACGAAAAAAAUCAAACUUGUUUUACUGAUAAACACUCAGAGUAAGACAGACUUAAAUUUAUAUUUAGUCUCUCACGAUACUUCAUAUAGACGAGACGCUAAUCAAGAUUUCUUUUCUUUUUUCUUUCACGUGAUAUAACCAUCGAUUAUCGCAAAUCGUUUGAAGAGGCGCUACAACGUCACUCUCCAAAAUGGAUAUUUUAAGACCUACUAAAGAUUCACAUUCUUUUGCGAUACCAGAAUUGGCACGUGUAACCGAUAUCCAUUUAGAAUUGAUUGUGGACUUUAAACGAAGAGUUCUUAAAGGAAAAGUGAUUUUGACAAUAACAAGGCUACCUUCAAUUAAUCAGAUUAUUUUAGAUAACCUCGGACUUGUUAUAUCAAGUGUCACUAACGUGCUUGACGGAACACUUUUACAUCAUCAUCAUGUUGUAACUAAUUCUGCCUUUGGAAGUCCAUUUUGCGUAGAUUUACCACCAACUAUCGGCACUACUUAUAACCCUGAAUGUAAAAUUCAAAUUGAAUAUGAAACAAGUCCAAACUCUCCUGCAUUAUACUGGCUAACAGCCGCGCAAACUGGCGAUGGUAAACAUCCCUUUUUACUGUCUAACAACAAGCUAAUAUAUGCUAGAUCAUGGUUUCCUUGUCAGGACACCCCGUCUGUCAAAUUUACGUACUCGGCUAAGAUUUUGGUACCAAAAAAUUUUUCAGUUUUAAUGUCCGCACUUUCGCAUAAUAAUGUAGAUCGCGAGGAUCCGCAGCUAGACCAAUAUGAAUUCCGUCAACAUUUACCUGUAUCAUCUUGUGCGGUGAUUAUUGCUGUGGGUUUAUUACAAACGAAAAAACUUAAUGAAAGAAUGAAUAUAUUUGCCGAAGAAAACAUUUUUAAGACCAAUUAUAUCAAAAUUUUUCGUUACACUGCAAUUGAAAAGAUGUUGCAAAUUGCCAAAAGAUUGUGUGGUUCUUAUAUGUGGGGUAGAUACGAUAUAUGCGUGCUUCCACCAAGUAUCGCUCAUUUCGAAAUAGAAUGUCCAUGUGUGACAUUUAUUUCACCGCUUCUACUUCACGGAGAUCGUUCUUAUGUCGGUGAUUCGCUUGCUCGGAACAUCUCACAGAGCUGGGCAGGAAAUUUAGUUUCGUGUUCGAAUUAUGAACAUCUGUGGUUAAAUAAGAGUUUCAGCCUUUUUAUUUCCAGAAAAAUUGGACGCAGUGUUUUAUAUCAUAAAGGUAUAGAUGUUUAUCUUCAAAGGGAAGGAUUAAAGAACCUGAAUAGUUUGGUCCAAGAACCCAAAAAUGUCAACAAGCUAAGAUGCUUAUUACCCAAUUUGGAAUAUUUGUCACCUGAUAUACUCACUAAAUAUGUGCCUUACGAAAGAGGAUAUUUUCUCUUAUGUCAUCUAGAGAAUAUGUUAGGAGGACCCACAGUAUUCGAACUAUUUCUUCAAUCUUAUUUUGAUAAUUUUGCAUUUAGAAGUAUUAAUACUGCAGAUUGGUUAAACUACUUACGUCAAAAAUUUCCUGACAAAGUAAAGAUGUUAGAAGAUGUUGAAUGGCACUUGUGGUUCGGUAACAUUUUUUUCACACCUAUUAUGCCGGAAUUGUCGGAAAUGUCCGCAUGGGAAAACAAGUGUUUUAUAUUAGCUAAAAAAUGGAUUAAUUGGGAUAUUCGGCGUGUCCAUGAUAUACCACCUUUUAUGACAGCAGACGAGAGGAACCUCUGUAACAUUGAGAAAAUAUUGUUAUUAAACAAUCUACAUUCUUCUCAUCAAAGUCUGACCACAGUAAAACUGUAUUCUUUAAACAAUUGUUUCUUUUGCGGUAUCCAAAAUGGUGGUGAAAUACGGUUUUCUUGGCUGCUAUUGUGCAUCAAAGUUCAAUGGGAUAAAAAAGUUGAAUCAGCGUUGAACUUUGCCGUUAAAUAUUGUUCGCCAAAUUAUGCAUAUCCUAUAUUUAAAUCUCUGUGCAAAUGGCGAGAAAUGCGUCUACUAAUGAUCGGACAGUAUUAUCAAAAUAAAGAAAAGAUAUUAAAUGAAACCCAGGAGAAAUUAAAUAAAAUUUUAUAGUCUUUAUUU